AUGUCCGUUCACAGAACAAAGUAUGCUGCAGUGGUUUGUGGUGGUGGCCCUGCAGGAAUUACAGUACUUGGAAACCUUUUGGAAAGAAAGGUUGGACCAGUACUUUGGGUUGAUGAUCUGUUUGAGGCUGGCAGAGUGAACAAGGCAUACAGAGAGGUUCCAUCAAAUACCAAGGUCAAAUUAUUUGUGGACUUCGCAGAGGCCGUAUCACCCUUUCAGAAAAUCAUCAAGGACACGCCAUCACCUCAUGCAGUCGACUAUCUUCGAGGUCUUCCUCAAGACACUGGAUGUGAUCUCGGUUAUGCCGCAGACAUGUGCCUCAUGCUCACCGAAGGCUUGAAGAAGGCACCCGGUGUUGAAGCCCGCCAAGGUCGGGUGACUGAAGCAAUCCUCAGCGAGACGAACGACUGGGUUGUCAAUGUCAAGCUAUCGAAUGGCGAAACGAGCAAGGCUAUUUCAUCCAGAAUGAUUCUUUGCACCGGCUCUUCUCCGACAAACCAACAACUUCCCGUUGAAGUACCAGAUCUUUUAGCUCUAGAUCUAGACCAUGCUCUUAGCCCAACUUUGCUGGCGAAAGCCAUCCCUAACGAGCCUACGACUGUCGCUGUGAUUGGAGCAUCUCACAGUGCCGUCUUAGUGCUCAUCAACCUCUACAAUCUUGCUUCCACUACUCACCCUGAUCUACGGGUCAAAUGGUUCACAAGACAUCCUCUUCGAUAUGCCGAGUUCAUGGACGGCUGGAUCAGACGUGACAAUACUGGUCUGAAGGGUGCAGCAGCAGCAUGGGCCAAGGAGAACCUGGAGCCCGAGAAGUUCGAGUCGUCUCCUGUCAGCAAGUUCAUCUCAAAGAUUGCUUAUGAGAAGGAAAACGAGACUCAAACUUACGAGAAGCAUCUCCCGGGUUGUAAUCGCUACGUGCAAGCCAUUGGCUACACAAGAGAUCCCCUGCCUGGACUCAAGGAUGCUACUGGCUCUGACAUCACUUACAACUACCAGCCCGAUACAGGCGCUUUCAGAAACGUGGACGGAAAACAGAUCCCUGGACUCUUCGGUGCUGGCAUUGCAUGGCCCGAGCGAGUCACCGAUCCUGAGGGCAGUGUAGAGUGGGCAGUCGGCUUCUGGAAGUUUAUGCGUUAUGCAAAGAGAGUGGUUCCCGACUGGAACUAG